CUUUUUGAUUUUGAUUUGAGUUGUGCUAGCUGUGUGAGUUUGAUUCUCGGUCCAGUGGAGUUACCUCUCUGUUCUUAGCUGUAUCUGGCGCAAAAUUGGUGGAGUCGACAAAAACAUACAAGUUCUAGCCUGCAAGUCUUCUUUGAUAGGAAUUGUUCCAACAAGAUGCCGUCGCAGGAAGGGAACAUUCUGAAUGACCCGCUGGGUGUCGUGCGGAUGAUAUUUGAGCGCUGUCGAAAUGGAGAAGGCGAAUUUGCAACAGAGUUACAGAAGCAGGUGAAAUCACGCAUCCUGAAUGCGGACGAUGUGUCCUGGAUUCCAUCCCUGAACGAUGUGCCAGUCUCGCAGCUGAAGGGUUCCUGCAUGGUGCGCUACCGAGGCAUGAUCCAAGACAUGUUUGGGCCGGAAAUCUUCCUCGCCCAGUAUGAACUGGCGGAGAGCAACGGCGGACCAGCGCGGGAUUUGUGCUGUGGCUGGUAUCAAGACAUAGCCGACUGUCCGCCGGGGCGCGUUGUGAUGAUGGAGUCACUGAACCAGGUGCUGGGCGAGCGACAGGCGUUCUACUGUGUUCCACUGCCGGGUGAAACCACGUGGGCCAAGCAAGCGUUUGCAAGUCAGAGUAAAGUGCAGGAUAGCCUCAACUCCAGUCAGUCUAGUUUGUCUACGCAGGAGGCCACGGCGAGUGGCAGCGAGACAACAUCGCCCACGCGCAAGCGUGGCCAUGCGGACGAUGAAGACAGUGCUUUCACUGGUACCGCCGCUGCACCCAGCACUGGUGGUGAGGUGACAAUGGGAGAGGACUUGACUGGAGAGUCGUCAAUGCAGAGGGAGCAUGCACCGGCUGACGGUGACGGAGCUCAGUCCAAGCGGGUGCGCACGGACGGAGCCGAAGCUCAAAACUCGACCAGUGCAGACUCAUCAGCAGUGGCUCCCGGUGUCCAGUCUUUGGACAAUCUCAACUUUCCAUUACCUGGUGAGCGGGGUCCACCGUGCAUAGUCAAGGUGUACGAGGACAUAGAGUCGUACCGUGUCAAUGAGAUGGUGGAGUUUGUUGGUGUUCUCUCCGUCGAUCCUGCAUUGGCAUCGGAUUCCUACACUCACAGCGCCGCUGAAGUGGGCAUGGACGUGGACACAGCGAAGGAGGACGCAGCCCAUGCACCACCGCCAAGCAUUGUACCGCGUCUGCACUGCAUUGUGGUCAGGCGGCUGCCGCACUCCAACCCACUGCUCCCAGCUGAGACCAGCGCGUUCAAAGAAGUGUCAGCCGAGGCUCUGUCGAAUGCCAGUGCGUGCCGUGAAGAGUUGCGUCAGCAGUUUUCAGCGUUGUUGGCCGGCGAUCAGCUUGCCGCCGAGUACCUGCUCCUCCAUCUAGUCUCCACAGUGUACGCCCGCCAUGAUGCCUCCACCAUGGGAAAGUUUUCUCUCAACCUGUCCGGCGUUCCUCGUGCCGAUUCGGCCGCCCUGAUCCGUCAACUGGCUGUUGCCAUUGAGCAGAUUGUACCCAAGUUCUACAAUUUGCCGAUGUCCCUGGGUCACUUGAAUAAGCAGGCCCUCUGUCCCAAAAAAGACUAUUCAACCAACCGGUUAACUACUGGCCAACUCCAGCUUUCUGAAGGUACUGUUAUGCUACUGGAUGAGACGGCUCUGAGCGAAGGGCAGCUCAACGAAACGGGCAUUUCCAACAUCGUAGCCAUCAACAGCGUGUUGAGCCGACAGCAGCUGGCCUAUGACUUCCAGUACCAGACUAUUGACUUCCCAACCAACGUGAAUGCCAUCGUCGUCUCGGAGGGCAAGUCGAUCUUGCAGGUCGACUGUCAAGUUCCUUUGCAAGCCACGGCGGACGCCCCUACUGUGAACUCGCUAUCGGCUGUUCAGCUCAAUAUGCUGAGAGUCUACUUGACAGCCGCGCAGCGCACUACGUAUGAUCUGCCGGAGGCUGUUCAGAAGCAUUUGCAAGAGGACUUCGUCACGAUGAGAAAGGAGCGCCCCGAGACAGUUACUGCUGAUACUUUCCAUCGUCUUUUGCUUGUUGCAAGGCUGUUGAGCAUCAGUCGUGGCCAAGUGGCGCUGGACAUCACUACCUGGAACGACGCAAAGCAGCUUGAAGCUCGUCGUCUAGAGCGAGUAGCUGCUCAACCAGUUGCACCUGCCAGUUAAGUGUUGCGGCGUCAGUGCGAGUACGUUGACUUUGUGCGUGUGUUCAUCAUCUGUUUGUUGCGAGCAGCUUGACCAAUGCCUUGCUGUAACCUAGGUGUGAACACACAGAGCAACAACAGACAGAUUGUGCAUCCCAGUUGGUGUGUACAAUUGUCAUUCAAGCUGAACACCCAUGGUUCUCAGUCUCAUCACUCAUUGUAUAAUAAUAAUAUCAAUUGGUCACUGCUGCUACUGCUUGUGGCAGGUUGAAUGUUCCUUACCAUUGAAUGGGGGACUUCCAUUGCACAUUAUUUUUAGCAGCAUCUACCAAAAACUUGCAAGAUGUUACCACUGUACAAAUCCUCCUUACUUUGCUGUGUUCCUGUUCCUCUGUGCCAGCUCACUUGUACCUGCAUAUCCCCUCAAUCAUAAUACAUGUAGAUUAUGUUGAACAUGGUGUUUCCUUUUCAAACUUUUAUACUUCUCUUUUUAAA